AUGAAGAACACUUGGAGUGCGACUCCGGAUCUGGUGAAAGCGAACCUUUGUAGCAUUCGCGUGAAUCUGCAGAACUCCCCAUCGUCGUUGAACAGCUUCGAUAUUCGUUAUCCGCACGAAAAGACUUUGAACGACUCUGACUGUCGAUGCGACGUACAAGUGCACGACGUCAAGCUGGUAUGCAUGAAUCUUCAAGGUAGCAUCGAGGUGCCGUUCGUUGUGGCAUUUAUCGUCAUCAACGCUUCCUCACAACCGAACCUGUAUCCUUCGGUGUACCUGGUACAGUCAAGGUAUCGAAACAGAAACGCACUGACUCACAAGGUGCAAGUCAGCGAGUGGAUUACCGUUGGAUCUGUGAGUAUAUAUCUUGAUUUACUAACAGCUUAUCCAAAGUAGUC